AUGCCGUUCGUUCUCCGCGUACAGACGUCAGCCUGCUCCCUGAACCCUGUUGCACAGACGAUCCGCGAUCUUCGACCCAAGCCAGCUAUUCCAAAUGAACCUUCAGACGAUUCAGAGCCUGUCGACAAUGACAUCAUUCUCUCGAUCCUCCGGGCAAAUCCCUCUGCAAGAGAUGCGAAACUGUAUCUCGCCUCUUUCGGCUCGCCCGUUCCCCGCAUACAACCUGAGAAGCUCGGAUUGGUCAACACAGUUCGGGGUCCCUCUACGGACCAGGACACCCGAACCGUAUGCUCUACAACACCGCCAACCAGCGAGCACGAUUCUCAGACCUCCGUCAUUGCUUCAAUACUAAAUCCAAUACAUCGCCGAACGGCGCUCGUCAAGGUUCAGGGUCCCUUUACAGACAGGCAGCUGGAGAGCAUCGCCCGUGGCAUUGUAUAUCUCGAAAAGCUUGGUUUACUCAGCGUCAUCGUCGUAGAGAACUGCGAGCUGGAGAGGGGCCACGAUGAUGAGCGCGGGCAACUCAUGGAAGAAACCAUGCGCGUAACGCGCGCGUUGGAAGAGCAAGGUGCUAAGGCACGACCCAUCCUCAGUGCUGUAGUCAGGCUCGGUCCUAAACCUGGCGACGAGGAUCGGGCCGAACGCCACGACAUCGAUCUCGAUAUACCCGAAGCUCAUACAGUACCAGGGGAUCUCAUUGGUAUACGGUCGGCUCUUCUUGCAGGGGAGAUCCCGGUACUUCCCCCUAUGGCACUCGAUUCGUUCGUACGGUCUAUUCCCAUCAACGCUAACGACGUGGUCGCCGCGCUUGCGAGAGGAAUGGUGGAAGCAGCUGCUAUUAUAGGCAGCGCUGACGGCGAUAACACCUCUACGGGGACUUCUUCGGGAGAUUCCCUCAACUUGACGCCCCUCCGCCUCAUGAUCAUUAAUCGUGAAGGCGGCAUUCCCUCAUACGCUCGUUCGGGCUUGCCGCAUCUCCUCGUGAACACUACGGCCGAAUACCGAUACAUCCACGAGACCUUCUCGUUGGAAUGGAAGAAGUCGCACCCUACUGCUCUCGCGAACCUUUCAUUGGCUCGCACAUGUCUCUCCUACAUGCCGCCUUCUUCCUCCGCAGUCAUGGUCUCCCACCGCUCUCCCAGCUCUCUCAUUGCCAACCUCAUCACCAACAAACCCGCUGUAAGCUCCAGCCUUCCACAUGCUCUCGGCAAUCGCAGGAUUACGCAACAUACCCCGACGCUCCUCCGCCGGGGUCUGCCGAUACGUGUCGUGCGGAAUGCUUCGGACAUUGACAAGGCAAAGAUGAAGAACCUGCUCGAACAGUCGUUCAAACGUACGUUGAACGAAUACUCGUUCUGGAGUCGCCUUGAACGCGACAUGGACUUUACAAUCAUCGCGGGUGAUUACGCUGGCGCGGCUAUUGUUACCAACGAGGCUGCUAUAGCGACUUCUUCCUUCUCUCCCAUUGCAUACCUGGAUAAAUUCGCAGUGCUUCCUAGUCAUCAAGGAGACGGGACCGUUGACUUCCUCUGGGUCGCUUUGCACGACGAAUCGUAUGGUCUCGGACUGCCGUUUUCGGCGAAUCCUAACGGAGGCAAAGGGGGGCAAGGCGAGGGUCGCGAUCUUGUUUGGCGCAGUCGAGCGGACAAUCCGGUCAACAAAUGGUACUUCGAGCGGAGCACCGGCCAUGUCCGCAUGGACAAAGACUGGGUAAUGUUUUGGUGCGAUGCGGAAGUCAGGCUGAAGAUGGCGGAAGGCCGUAAAGCCAACGCUGGUUUGUCGUAUGUGGAAGAUUGGGAGCGCGGACGUCUAGGUGUGUGGAAUGAUACCAUUAGUAAGAUACCAUCAGUCUGGAAGUGA